AUGUAUUCUGAUUAUGAGAAGAAACCUACGAUUUGCCCCUUGGCGUUUAUAGUAGUAUCGAAGCGAAUUAAUACUCGUUACUUCAUUAAUGGCAGGAAUCCACCUCCAGGUUCCGUGGUUGAGAAACUCGAGCAAGAGUAUAAGCGUGUGGGCUCUGAAAAACCACCUAUAUUUGCAUAUGUUGUGGUACCAAAAAGUAUUAAUACCCGACUCUUUGCACGAGGCCGAAAUCCGCCUCCUGGUACAAUAGUCGAUGAUGUAGUUACGUGUCCAGAACGUUAUGACUUUUUCUUGGUAUCUCAGUCUGUGCAACAAGGAACAGUGUCCCCAACAAACUAUAAUAUUGUAUACAGCAAUAUUCGUUUAACACCAGAUCAAAUGCAGCUUUUAACAUACAAAAUGACCCAUCUGUAUUAUAAUUGGAGUGGCACUUGCCGUGUACCUGCCGUGUGCCAAUACGCGCACGAACUUGCAUUCCUUGUCGCUGAGAGCAUUCAUCGUUUGCCAAGCAACGCUUUAGAAAAGCAACUUUAUUUCCUUUAA